UAUAAAUAAGCUUCAUUUGCAUAAAUUUGACAGUCAAAAGGCAGCUGCAGUUCUGCCAAUCAAUAGUGUCUAAAUUUUCCAAAAUAAAUUUCUUGCUACUUUCGAAUAAGUAAACUCCACAAAAUGAAAUUCGUUAUCACUUUCGUACUUUUCGCACUUUUCGUUGCGCACACCUUCGCCGCACCGCCUGCGCCUGCUGAACAUCAUGUGGAAAUCGUGCGCCAAGAUGCCGAUAUUGCACCCGAAAGUUAUAAAUACGGUUUCGAGACAAGCGAUGGCACACAACAUGAUGAGCAGGGUCAGCUUAAGAAUGUGGGCACCGACGAUGAGGCGAUUGCUGUGAAGGGCUCCUACAAAUAUGUCGGUGAUGAUGGUGUUACCUAUCAAGUGAGCUACACUGCUGAUGAGCAUGGUUUCCAGCCGGAGGGUGAGCAUUUGCCAAAGGCUUAGAGAAAGCCGCAAAGUGCUAGGUUGAGGGUAGUUAAAAGAGCAA